UCUUUAAGUUAAACAAUUGUUUUAAGUAAUAAACUUGUAAUAAUACAUCGCUCACCGGCUGACGCGGUAGGUUCCACUAUUUAAAAAAUGUAUUAUCGCAAUAUGCAUCAUCGCUGGCUGCACCAAGCAGAUCACAUCUCCGCGGCUGUUAUCGCGCAAUAUGUUCAUUACACGUUAAGCCACCGGACCGUUUUAGUUAUCCACCUGCUGACACGCCGAAUACAGCUUCUAUUUUCUCAUUAGCAUCACUACUGCCAUUCUUCAUACGACGCCCAUAGCGAUCGCGCAUGUGACGCGGGUCCGUCGCUAAGUCGACAUCGUGUUAAAAUGAAAAGUGCCGAGUGACAUCAGAUUCCCUAUCUCGUAUUUUUUUCGUAAACUUUUGUUUGUUUGUUUGUUUGCAAACAAGCACAUCCGUUUACGCAAACAAUUCGUCAAUACCAAUAUUUAUUUACUAUAUAACUUAACUACUUAAUAUUUCACACGACGGGAAAUGGCAACUCAACGAACUUUUCUAAUCGCUUUCUUUUUUAUACAUGCGCAUCUUUCGCAUGGCUUUACGAAAGAUGACGAUGUUUGUUAUCAUCCACGUGCCGCUAAUUAUCCCGAAUGCGACUUUGCGGAAAGUCGACUCAUUUGCUUUAAUGGCCUUAAAGAUGAAUGGAGAGCAAUGGCUAAAGAUGUGAAAAUACUUAUCCUUUGCGUAUGGCCGAAGGCAACGUUUGAUCCGCAAGAGAUUCUACGGGGAUUCACGUUUUUACGAAAGUUAAUGAUCGCGAACAGCAACUUAACUCGAUUGUCAACCGCAUUUCCGAGCGAGAUGCAAUUUCUGGAGAAAAUCAAUGUGACCGGCACGAAACUGCAUUUCCUACCGAAAGAUGCGUUCUCGGAUCUGCGGACUUUGAGGUACCUCGACUUAAGAAACAAUUCUCUCGACGAGAUCAGUAUUACGGCUUUUGAUGUACCUACGUUGAAGUCUAUUUACUUGGCCGGUAAUCCAUUGAGAUGUACGGAAGAUGUAGCGUGGAUUUUGGACCCCGGUGAAGGAUCAGCCGCGAGUAAAGUCGUCGACAAAGACAAAUUACUUUGCGCCACGCCGUAUGAUGGAAGACCGCUUGUCCCGAUUGUCGAGAUAAUCGUGACAUUGAAAGAGGAAUGCAAAAAGACGGUAUGCGACUGCGAAUUGAUUUACGUGGUCGCGAGCAAACUCACGCAGAGGCAGCUCAUAGCUUUUACUUCGGUCAACUGUAGCCACCGCGGUCUGACGGAAAUGCCCGAAUUUUUACCCACAGAUACAACGUCCCUUCAUCUAAGUGGAAACAAGAUCAACGACCUAACUCCGCUUACGACAAAUCCCGCUUACAAGUCCGUGCUGGACCUCUACAUGGACGAUAAUCUGGUAGAAUCUAUCGCCCGGCUGGAGGGAUCAGACUGGCUGUACCGUUUCCGACUCCUUAAUCUUCGAGGGAAUAAACUUACCGACUUGCCUACUUACGCUCUGGAGAAUGCGUUGCUGCACAACAGCAAUGCAGCCGGCCUGUAUCUCGGCAAUAAUUCGUGGACAUGCGACUGUCACUUUACACCGAGCUUUCAGGAUCUUCUGAUCAGGCAUCCAAAUAUAAUAAAAGAUAUCAACGACAUAAGGUGCGCUUUUACGAGCGACAACGAUAUCUCAAACAAACAGAUCCGCGAUCUUACGCGGACGGAGAUCUGCAUAUCACCGGACGAAGAUUCUUGGCUUCAUCCCCUCGACGUUUUGAACAUCAUAUUGGCGUCAUUAAUAUUCCUCGUGCUUGGCAAGCUUUUGUAUGAUUACUGGUCUUUUAAGAAAACCGGAAAGCUACCUUGGAUCGUCGCCAAAAUACCGUGAUAGCGGUACAAGUGCCUCUUACCUCUUGCAAAAGAGCGGUCGAGUGUUUGAUCAUUAGAGUAACAAUGGAGAUUGUAGCGGAGGGAUGGAGAAUAUAUCUGCAUCAAAAUAUUUUUUUUUUUACUUACAAAAUCUCCGGCACUCACUUUUGUCUUAAUUGUAAAUCUAGCGUACUAAUCUUGAAUUUAAUUAAUUUUUUCUGACAUAAGUUAUUAUAUGAGUAAAUACUAAUUGUAAAUAAAGAUAAGAUACGAAUAUGCUUUUGGAUCAAAUAAAAGAUUUCAAUUAUGUAAAA